CCGAGUGCACUCAGCCUGCGACACAGAAACAGAAGACUGUCGGAGGAGGUCUGGAGCCUCCGCUGCCGUGCCAAGCACGAGUGGACAAGGAGGGAUGAACAACUACAACGGGAAGAUUCUCACAAGGGGCUCCAACCAAGUACGGAGCCGAUUUGUAAAGAAAAAUGGACAAUGUAAUGUUGUUUUCACCAACAUGGAGGACAAGAGGCAACGCUUCUUAGCAGACAUCUUCACCACCUGCGUGGAUAUCCGCUGGAGAUACCUGCUGCUUAUAUUCUGCACCAGCUUUAUGGUGUCCUGGCUUUUCUUUGGCAUUAUCUUUUACACUGUCUCCCUGGCACAUGGGGACUUUGAGGAGCAUCCAUCGGUGAAGGGUGAUGGACUGGCGGUGGAGGGGUUGCAUGGACCCGCCUCUGGACACACAACUUUUGGGCAGCCUCAAAGGAUGCCCUGCAUACUUCAUGUCCAGGGAUUUGUUGGGGCACUCCUCUUCUCCAUGGAGACCCAGACCACUAUUGGUUAUGGCUGGCGCUGUGUGACCGAGGAGUGCCCUGUCGCUGUGAUAACAGUGGUGAUCCAGUCCAUUGUAGGCUGUAUCAUUGACUCUUUCAUGAUUGGCACCAUCAUGGCUAAGAUGGCACGGCCAAAGAAGAGGAACCAGACCCUCAUGUUCUCCAAAAAUGCUGUCAUUGCCAUGCGCGAUGGCAAGCUGUGCCUCAUGUGGAGGGUGGGCAACCUGCGGAAGAGCCACAUUGUCGAGGCUCAUGUUCGUGCCCAGCUCAUACGGUCAUACGUCACAGUUGAGGGUGAGUUUAUCCCCCUGGAGCAGAUGGACCUCAAUGUAGGCUAUGACGAGGGUACAGACAGGCUGUUUCUAGUAUCCCCACUGGUUAUAGUCCAUGAGAUAGAUAAAGACAGCCCCUUGUAUAGUAUAAGCCGAGCUGAUCUGGAGACAGAUCACUUUGAGAUUGUUGUGAUCCUGGAGGGGAUGGUGGAGGCCACGGCUAUGACCACACAGUUCCGUAGCUCCUAUCUUGCCAGAGAGAUCUUCUGGGGUCACAGGUUUGAGCCUGUGAUCUAUGAGGACCGAGACCGUUACAAGGUAGACUAUGCUCGCUUCCACAACACCUAUGAGGUGCCGUCAACGCCUCACCUCAGCGCCAAAGAGCUGACGAGGCUGCGAGCCGGGCCUCUUCUGCUGCUUCUCCUGUCUCCGCGUGUAGAUCUACGCAAGACUUGAUCCCCAGGUCGCUGAGCGCCUUUUGUUACGAGAACGAGGUAGCAUUGAGCUGUGGGGAAGAAGAGGAUGACAUUUUUGACUCUGCUCAGAUUGUAGGAAAGGAGAAGGCAGAGGAGAGGAGGA